AUGAUAAUCAAAAAUUUAAUCUUGCAUAGUCUAAUUUUGGCUAAUAUUUGCGUGAAUGGAAGCGAUAAUGAAAGCAUUGAUAAAGGAUUGAUAAAACAAUGGUUGGAUGGUGUUAUAUUAAAUCCAUUGGUUGAUAAAAGUGAAACAAAAAGAUGGUGGAGUGGUAAUUUUAAACCAUGGGAUGGUGAUUUUGAACCAUGGCGUGAAAGUAAUGGUGGCGAAGAUUUUGUCGUAUUUCCUGGUGGUCGUUUUGGUGCAUGGGGUGAUCGUAUCUUUAUUGAUAGAAAAGAAUAA